AUCAAAGCGGAAACGCGCAAAGUUUACCUUAGCACCCAGGGUCAAGAAUUGUAAAAGCAACGUCCAAGCUGACCCUGUUGAAUUUUGGACGAUUGGUCUAGGAUUAUUGAAAAUAAUCAAGUAAGGCACUACUUUAGAUUUAUCUAUUGUCUGGAUUAAAUGUGAUUACUACUGUUCCCGCGGUUUAUCGUCAUAAUAUAUGCAUAGCAACCGAACAAUAAGAUCUUUUUACAAUUGCUUUUGAAUGAACUGUUUGAACAAUUAAUAGUUUUUAUUGUAUUCAACUAAUCCAGAAUAAGUCGUGGUUUUACUAUAUCUUUUUUGAAUAUUUAUUUUAUAAAUGUAACUUUUAACCUUGAAGGAAAGAUUAUGGGAAAAGUGAAUAAACAAAGGAAUUCCUUUAUGGAAAUUAUUAUAACAAUAAAUCAUUUAUCGAAGUUAAAUAGCUGACUCUUGUGACCUCUUACUUUAUUCUUUGUUAUAUUUUUAUAUUAGAGAAAUUGUCAAAAGCGAGAUUAUACUAAUUCGAAAAACUUGUGAAAAUUUGUGUGUAAUUGCUUAUUAAAUGUAAAUAAAGUUGUUUAGUUUUUUGUUGUUAAGGUAAAUAAACAUAUUUAAUAUAAUUAUUUUUAAUAUGAAAUGGAAUUUUCAACAGUUUGUAAGAUGAGGACCGAGAAUAGCAUGAAUCGUUCCACUUCGAAAAGGAUUGUUGUCAGGCGUUCACAAAGUGGAAGAAAGUCCAGACCUUUGAGCUCCGUCUCGUUUCCACAUGAUUUAGAGACGUCUAUAAUUGUAGACGAUCAGAGAAAUGAAGAAACGGAGAACAUGAAUUGGGAUACUGACUUGGAAAAUGAUGAACUGGAUCGAAAGUAUGAUCACUCGAGCGAAGCCGCAUAUAUAGAAAUUAGCAGGAAGAACAAUGUAAUACCCGCUUCAUAUUUUUUACGACAUAUGCACGACGUUCACUUGGAUAUGAAACAUCACGGAUUGGGACCAAUUGCCGUUAAACCACUGGCAAUAUCAUUAGUUAGUAAUACGCAGGUACUCGUAUUGGAUUUGUCAGAUAAUUGGCUUGGGCCAACUGGAGGUGAAGCAAUAUGUGAUAUGCUUAAAGAAAAUAUAUACAUUACAGAUGUUUUGCUGGCUGAUAACCAUCUGGACGUUCAAUUUGCAAAACAACUCGUUGACGUUCUCCAAGGAAAUAUAACUAUUAAAAAGUUGAAUUUGUCUGGAAAUGAUUUUGAUGAUAGGGCUGCUGUCCAUUUGGCUGAAGCAAUUACGAAUACAACAAGAAUUGAAUACUUGAAUUUGAGUCAUAAUCACUUGUGCGAGGAGGCUGGUAUAAUUCUGGGCCCUGCUAUUUCGGAGAAUAGCUCCAUUAAAGAAUUGGACUUGAGUUGGAAUACGUUAAGAAGAAAAGGGGCUAAAGGAAUCGCUACCGGAUUAAAGACAAAUAUAUUGCUUCAAAAACUAGACUUAUCGUGGAAUGGCUUUGGCACAGAAGGAGCACUAGCUUUGGGAGAUGCUCUAAAAGCUAAUAAUGUUUUAGAAGAGCUUGAUGUAUCUAAUAAUAGAUUAACUGCUGAAGCAGCUGUUCUUAUUGGUAAAGGUUUAUCUGUCAAUGAAACACUGAGAAUCUUAAAAAUGGGUCAAAAUCCUAUGCAAAGUGCAGGUUGUUACGCAAUAUGUGCGUCUAUGCUGAAAAAUCCUAAUACAGCUUUGGAGAUACUUGACUUUGAGAGUAUCCUCGUCAAUAAAGAUUUUGACGAAGUAUUUAAAAAGGUUCAAGAACAACUGAAUAAAUCAAUUAUUUUGAAACACGGAGGUGAUCCUAUACCUAAAAAGCCAAAGGCUAGAGUACAUCCUAUGGUGAAAUUACGCAACUACAUCGAAAAGAAUAAUUUAAGAUUGGUAGAUUUCUUUAAUAAAUUUGAUAAAGAUCAUAGCAUGAGCGUCACCAGAGAAGAGUUUACAGAAGGUUUAGAGGAAACUGGAAUUAAACUAACUGAUGACGAAGUUACUCAGCUAUUAGACGAGUUAGAUAAAGAUGGUGACGGUGAAAUAAAUUACAGUGAACUAGUGAUGGGUCAUCAAGAUUUUACAGAAAAAGAAAAACGUAUAAGUACAUCUGUUUCUCUAAUGAUGAAAUCUCAUACUACCUUAUAA